AUCAAACUGUUAAAAUGUCGAAGAGAGGUUGUUUAUGUUGUGGUAUUGGAGUCAUAGUCGUUGUAGGUUUGUUCGUUCUAUUUUCUUGGCUUAUUACAGCUCAAAUUCAUUCUCCAAAAUGUUCAAUAGAGAAAUUCUACGUUCCUGCUCUCGAUAAAGCCUACUCGAGCAAUAAAAACGCUGCCACAAGCAACACAACCAUAUCAUUUGAUCUCAGAUUCAAGAACCAAAAUGGUGUUGGAAGCGGUGUUUACUAUGAUGCACUCAACAUCAGUUUAUAUUACUACGAAAAAAGUAAUAGCGGUGGUGACUUAAAGCGUCUACCCAUCGGAAAUGUAUCUAUUCCAGGAUUUUAUCAAGCUAAGGUAGACCACCGUCUUGAGACUGUUCAGACUUUUGGUGUUCCUUGGGAGGAAGCUAGGGUGGCGCUUUCUAACAGAAGUACUACCAUGUUUCGGUUAGAUUUAGCUUCGAGCAUCCGCUUAAAGAUCCCUAUUCGCUAUGUGAUGACUACUGACAGAGAGAAGUUGAAUUUGGGUGUAAAUGUUAGUGUCAAUGAUCAAGGGAUGAAAACGGUACCAGGAAGUUUGAGGCUCACUUCGGCAUCCUCACAUAUCAACCCUUGUAGUAUUCUUGUGCUUGUUUUAUCAGUUUUGUGUUUAAUUCGAUGAAAUAAUGCAUUUAAUUUUGUCUUUGA